UCAAACAAUUGACAUUAAUCUGAAUUUUGCUUCAUAUAAUCACGUUAUUAUGUCCAUAAGAAAGUUGUUGUGAGUUCUGUGAGAUCCAGGCAGCAGUGCGAGAUGUCAAGCUUUCGAAGAAGCACGCAUUUUUGGAGCGAGGAGGAGACAGAUUUUCUUUUACAAACAUUAAAAGAGAUGAAUAUAGAUCGUUACAAAGACGGGCGUAAGAACCGCAACAGUCUAAUUUUUAGGAAGGUUUGUGCUAAACACAAACAGGCUGGAUUUGUCCGCUCAUGUGAUCAGGUGAAACACCGCUGGAAAACACUCAAAUCCAUUUACUAUAAGGCAAAAAAAUUAAAUCAAACCAGCUCGAAUGCAGCUUUUAAGCAUUUUGAUACAAUGGAAGAAAUUUUUGGACAUAGACCUUUGGCGAUGUCAAACCAAGCCGAAGUUGACAUCGACUUCAAAGACGGAUCCCCUCUAUCGGAAAGCAAAUGCUUCAUUUUUGAGGAUGGUGAAUGUGAUGAUGAUGAUGAGGACGAUGAUGAUAAUGGAGUGGAUGAUGUGGAAGGUGGAAUUCAAGAAAUCCAGUCAGUGAAAACAGAAAAUGAACCCCUCAUCCUCACACAGCCAACAAAUGAGAGCUCUACCUCUACAGAAAGCCCCGCAUCCACCCAACCAUCCUUUUCUAUAGAGAGCAACACCUGUACCCAGCCAUCCACCUCCCACCAACCUCCUGCUCAAGGUAUGUUGAAACGCAGAAGAACUUGUUGCACUACAUUGCAUGUGCAGUAUCAAGACUUUCUGGAAAGAAUGCAACUGUCACAAAACAUGUGGCUAGAGCGUCAACUAGAGCAGAGUUAUGCCCGUGAGGAACGGCUCAUUUCAAGAGUGCUUGCUGAACACACCCGCUCUAUGGAGACCUUAGUGAACCAGUUGUUUGCUGGUUUAAGAAGCCUACUACCCCAGCCCCCUCCCAAUAUACAGUCCAAUCCCCAGCCCACGUACACACCCCCAGAUAUUCUUAAUACAUAUCCUCAUGUGAACCCAGAUGAGCACUGGCCACCAGCACAUAGCCCAAAAUCAAACAUUCAUCCUCUGCCUGAAGAUCAUUUAAACAAUCAAAUAUCAGAGACCGUCAACCAGUGAUCAAAGACUCUAGGUUUAGGGUUCAAAGACUAUCAGAACUUGUAAAAUAUUUGUAAUAUGCAUUUUAGGAUGUAUUUUGAGCCUCUAUUAGACUAGUUUGUAAAAUGUAUGUUUUAUAGAAAGUGUUUUCUAUAAAAAACACUUAUUGUUUAUUUUUUGGAUUGGAUUAUUGUUAUUUUGGAAUUGAGAACCCACCAAAAAACAAGUAAUCAAUUACUCUUCAAUUUAAAUAUAUGUUACAAAUAACAUGUACGACACAUACAUGAUAUUUAUAUUUAGUUUUAUUCACAAACUUAACUGUGAACGGUUUCAGAAUAAAAAACUUCAACAAACUAUGCUUUUCUUUUGGGGAGGUUAUAUAGAAACCAGUAUUGAUGGCAUUAG